CCACCCCCUCUGCCCAGCGCCAGGCGGCGGAGCGCCGAGUCGCUCGAUGAGCGGGGGCGCUGCAGCAGAGCGGAGCGGUGGCGGGUCUGUGCCCUCGGCCUUCCCCCUCCCACCCUCCUUCCUCAGCUUCCCGCUCCCUCCCCCGCCCGCCCUGCGCUGCCAGCAGGGACUGCUGCCCGGAGCUCUUCAGAGACCUCAGGUGGUGGAUACUUAUUCUGUUGGGAAAUACAGCAAGAGUAUUUGUGAGCAGAAAGUAUGCCUCCCAAGUUCAAGCGCCACCUAAAUGACGAUGACGUCACUGGGUCUGUGAAAAGUGAGAGGAGAAACCUUUUGGAAGAUGAUUCAGAUGAAGAAGAGGACUUUUUUCUACGGGGACCAUCUGGACCAAGAUUUGGACCUAGAAAUGAUAAAAUUAAGCAUGUUCAGAAUCAGGUGGACGAAGUUAUUGAUGUAAUGCAAGAGAAUAUUACCAAGGUAAUUGAAAGAGGAGAGAGGCUAGAUGAACUGCAGGACAAAUCAGAAAGCUUAUCGGAUAAUGCAACCGCUUUCAGCAACAGAUCCAAACAGCUUCGAAGGCAAAUGUGGUGGCGUGGAUGCAAAAUAAAAGCCAUCAUGGCUUUGGCUGCAGCUAUCCUUUUGCUAAUGAUUAUCACUCAGAUCAUCCUGCACUUGAAAAAAUGAAGUUUUACCACCAUCAAAACUAUCUUUAUUUAACAACAGUGAAGAUCAACAGAAAAAUCCAAGUAGCUUUGCUAAUGUUAGUUGAUGCCCAGUGAAAUCAGGUCACCACUGCCGUGCCUGACGCGUGCCCUGUGGUUUGUCUGUAACAGAGCCUCUUCCCUUGCAGCAGUCUGAUGAGUGGGCUCCUUCUCCAUCAUAACCCAGUGUUGCUGUUACCUGUGGUCCUAACAAAGCUCAUUGGGAAUUGUCCCAAAACUUUAUAAACUGGGAAACGUAUUGAUGAAAAGAAGGUCCAGUGUUGAUGAUGAGCUGUUUUAAAAUGGAGAAAAGGUAAUCACAUCAGGUACAGAGGUGCAUGAUGUCGUCCUGCCGACUGUCAUUUCAGUUCACUCCCGGGUUCUGUGUUAGGAAGUAAUGCUGGCCUUUCGAAAGCAGAAACUGGCACCUUUCUGCUCUGUAUGGCAUGUGGGUGCCCUGUGAAUGCAAAUGCACACAUAGGGUGAGGCUCAGAUGUGACAAAAGCCUGACCUCUGUCCUUGCCACUUAACACCUGUUUUAUGUCCUGUUGGCACUGUAGCCCAAACAGACUUGUAUUUACUUUAUGGCUAGAAAAUAAGCAAGAAGUUUUUUUCAGUGUUGAAAACAAAUGUCAUUAGAUGUUCUUAGUUGUACCGAGUCAGAGUGUUACUAAGUUAGGGACUGGACUACUAAUCAGAUUUUGUGUUUUCACAUAGAAAGGUUAUCGGAGUCAGUUUACUUUUCUGUGAGUGAUAGUAAGAGCGUGAGUCACUCACUCAUUGGGAGGGGCUGCCAAAUAUCAGCAUAAAGACAGUGGCUCAGAAGAGGCAGAAAGGGCCCUCUUAGUCCAUAAAUGUGCCCUCCUUAAACUGAUGUGGUCUGAGUCUAUCUUGUGUGUCUUGGGAUUUUUGGUUGGUGGGUGGGUUGGUUGGUUGGUUAAUUGGUUGGUUUUAGUUUUUUUGAAACACGGUCUCACUGUGUGACCCAGACUGGCCUCAGAUGCACAGAUGCAUCGGCCUCCCAAGUGCUGGGAUUGGAGGUAUGUCCCACUACACCCUGUAGCCUUUUUCUUUUUGGUCAAAGAAAGAAUCCUUGGGCUCAAGUGAUCUUUGCAACUUAGCCUCAGAAGUAGCUAAGACUACAUGUGGGCACCAGCAUGUGCUGAUGGACCUUCUUUUAAAGCCUGAUGUUAGUCUUAUUUGGAUAUUUAUUUUCAUAUGUCAAGCAGAAUAAAGGGUGGGACACACUUUUAUUCUGGCUAUUGUUUUAUUUCACAAGCUACUUAGAACAAGUUAGCAGGGAUGAGAAGAAAAACAUUGCUAAUCCAGUUGGCUUCAGCUUAUAAAGCAAGGGUCAUACCAUGUGUGUCCCUCAGCUCCAAGUCCCUGUGUGUGUGACACCGUGCUGGUGGUGUGUAAGUGAGGGCUGAUUUCCAGUGUGCGCUGAGAGGUGACAUAAUUGAGGUAGGUGAACCUAGAGAUAAAGGGUUCUUGUAAUUGAAUAUAGAAAACUUCUGGUUUGACGGUGUUACAUUAGGUUCUUUUCACUUGAAAAGAUUUUGAAAUAAAAUCACAUAUUUUAAAGCUGUAAAUUGUAUAUGUCUGAGGAUUUAGUAAAAUGUCAGAGAUCAAUCUAUAAGAAAAUUUAAAUAUUGUUUUUAUAUCUUAGUUGUCUGUCAUUAUUUUAGAUCCCACAAUCCCUAAUUUAACCAUUUCGGCAAGUGCCUUUGACACUUAAGGAGUAUUGUGGGAGAUGAGCAAAUGUAGGUGCCACACCCCGUUUCCUGGCUUCUCAAUUCCUCGUGACGGUAUAUGUUUUACAGUGCUACAAAGUUCAGUCCUUUGUGUUCAUGUGAGAUUGUACUGUAGCCUUUCCAUAGUAAACAGCAAAAUAAACCGUUUGCAGAAAAUGAAAAGUAAGCACUGUGGCUUGUUCAGUAUGUUACCCAUUGACCCAGCUUCAAAGCAAAGCACCUAUGCAAGCAACCCAAUUCCAUUGCUCCCCGUUUCUAAUAAAGUACAUGAACCUAUCUGGAAA